AGUAUGUUGACAUUGGAAUUCUAGCAUCUGAUUUGCAGAAAACCUACAGGUGAGCCAAGAUUUGUCUUCUUAUAUUCUGUCUUUGAAAUGUAGAAUAUAUUAGUUUGUUCUUUCACAUUCAUGAUGAAAGUUGUAAUUUUCUUUAUGUUACCUUCAUUACCAGUUGUUGAUUGAAACAACAAGAUUGUUUGCCUCUGCUGAUAUAUUUAAUGGCUCAUAUUUUAUUAAUGCAUUGGCAUUACAAGAUCUAGUUGUGGUUUGGGUUUUUUUAUGGUUUGUUUUUGUUUUCUUGUUUUAAAUAAAAAGCUGCAGACUCGUUGCAGCAUGUUGGGGUUUUCCAUGGUGAGUUUAAAAUAGGGGGGAAAAUAACACCUCGGUGCAGACAUGGGCAGGGAGACAGAGGGUCCAGUAAGACACUAAUACCUUGCUCGGUCUCUCAGCAGGACAAUCAUGUUUUUUUGCCCAGGUAGUCUUUAAUAAGAACCUGUGUGGAAGCUUGGGAAUCAACUUCCCAUGUACUUUUUCCACUGGGAAUGACGUUAUGUUGAGGGAAAAAUCAGUUGGUGUAACCUGUUUUUUUGUGUUUUUUUUUUUUUUCAGUGUAGAUUAUGGACGAAGAAAAAGAAAUGCCUUUAGAAUACAAGUUGCAAAAGGUACAUCUGUUAAUAUUGUGUCCAACAUGUCAAAUUCUUUGACUGUACUUUGGCUGUUAAUUCUUAACAUGGUUGAGCCUUUUCUUGCAGUGUUUGAAAUAAUCAGCAAUGAAAAAGAACGCGAAGAUUUGGCAGUUUUAGAAUCUGAACACGUGGCAAAAAGAGCAAGACAGCAAGAGAAAAAUGAGACUACUGGGAGUGGCACAGAGGACUCUGACUAUGAUGAUUAUCCAGAAGAUCUGUCUACAAAUCAGAUGAACAGCUCCCUGCUAAGCUUAUACAAGAAAGGAAAUCCUGGUUCUGUUCCACCCACUCCAAAAAAUGACCCAGCGGAGACCUCUCCUUGUGUGAGAACAGCACCUCAAACAAGCACCCUCACACCAGAAUCCAGAGGCGAAAGAUGGAUUUCUGAUGGUGGCUGGUUCAUUGAUAAAACUCCUGAUGGGAAAGACUUCUUCAUUGACCUUUCUGAGGAUGGGGAAGGAGAGGAAAAGAGACUGAUUUCUGAGAAAUCAACUGAUUUUUCUGUCUUGGAGAGUGAAAGAAAGAAGACAAAGGGCAGGAGAGCAAAAAGAAAAAAAGGAGAAUUUCCAGAUGUAGAUGGAGAAAUUGAAUCCAUGUUACUUAAGAAAGUGAGAAAUAAGGGUUCAGAGCUUUACCACCCUUCAGUGAAGUUUGAGGAUGUAGGAGGCAAUGAUGAAACAUUAAAGGAAAUAUGCAAGAUGCUCCUUCACAUCCGUCAUCCUGAGGUUUACACCCACUUAGGAGUGGUUCCACCUCGGGGUUUUCUUUUGCAUGGGCCACCGGGAUGUGGGAAGACACUUCUGGCACAGGCAAUUGCUGGGGAACUUGAGCUCCCCAUGUUGAAGGUGGCAGCAACAGAGAUUGUGUCUGGAGUGUCAGGGGAAUCUGAGCAGAAACUGAGGGAACUGUUUGAGCAGGCUGUGUCCAGUGCUCCGUGUGUCCUUUUCAUUGACGAGAUCGAUGCGAUAACCCCAAAGAGAGAAGUCGCAUCGAAGGACAUGGAGAGGAGGAUUGUAGCUCAGUUCCUGACUUGUAUGGAUGACUUGAAUAAUGUGGCUGCCACUACCCAGGUCCUUGUUAUUGGGGCAACAAACAGACCUGACUCCCUGGACCCUGCAUUGAGGAGAGCUGGGAGAUUUGACAGAGAAAUUUGUUUAGGGAUCCCAGAUGAAGGGGCAAGAGAGAAAAUUCUUCGGACUUUGUGUCGAAAGCUGAAGCUCCCGGAAUCGUUUGAAUUCCGUCAUUUAGCACGGCUGACUCCGGGCUAUGUGGGGGCUGAUCUGAUGGCCCUGUGCCGUGAGGCAGCCAUGGGCACAGUCAACAGGGUCCUGAUAACAUCUGGGGAGCACGCACACUCUGGGGGGAGCACAGCUGAAGGAAGCCCAGGGAUAGAAACAGACAUCCUGGUGGAAGAGGGCACCAAGCAACCAGAACUUCCAUCUAAGGAUGAAUUGCAGAGACUUUUGGGUUUGCUGAAGGAGCAGGCCCCCUUGCCUGAGGAGCAGCUGCAGAAGCUGUGCAUUGAGAUGAAUGAUUUUAUUGUUGCACUGUCAUCAGUGCAACCCUCUGCCAAGAGAGAAGGCUUUGUCACAAUCCCUGAUGUGACAUGGGCGGACAUCGGAGCCCUGCAGGAUGUUCGGGAGGAGCUGACUAUGGCAAUAUUGGCACCUGUGCGAAACCCAGAGCAGUUUAAAGCUCUGGGUCUGACUACUCCAGCUGGUGUCCUGCUUGCAGGGCCUCCAGGGUGUGGCAAAACACUGUUAGCUAAGGCUGUGGCAAACGAGUCUGGGCUGAACUUCAUAUCUGUCAAAGGUCCUGAGCUGCUAAAUAUGUAUGUUGGUGAAAGUGAACGUGCUGUACGUCAGGUAUUCCAGCGUGCCAGGAAUUCAGCCCCCUGUGUUAUAUUCUUUGAUGAAGUUGAUGCACUGUGCCCUCGGAGGUCUGACCAUGAAUCAGGAGCCAGUGUGCGGGUAGUGAACCAGCUCCUUACAGAGAUGGAUGGGCUGGAGAAUCGGCAGCAGGUUUUCAUUAUGGCUGCCACAAACAGGCCAGAUAUAAUUGACCCAGCUAUCCUGCGUCCUGGUAGGCUGGAUAAAACACUCUAUGUGGGUUUACCACCACCUGAAGAUCGACUUGCUAUUUUAGAGACCAUCACCAAAGAUGGCACCCGGCCUCCCCUAGAGAGUGAUGUGAGCCUGAAGGAAAUUGCUUACAGUCAGCACUGUGAUUGUUUCACAGGGGCAGACCUUUCAGCUCUUGUGCGUGAGGCUUCCAUUUGUGCCUUGAGACAGGAAAUGGCCCUGCAGAAUACUCAAACCAAGAAGGGAGAAAUCAGGAUUUCUCAUAAACACUUUGAAGAAGCUUUUAGGAAAGUGAAGUCUUCAGUGUCCAAGCAGGAUCAAAUAAUGUAUGAAGAACUGCAUCAGUCACUGUGCAGCUGAUAUCUCUGGACAGUUCCCAAAAGCAACUAACUUUACACUGGUGAAGAGUUCUGCAGUUCCUGUGCCUGUUUUCAAGAGCCAGGUUGGAAAGAAGCUGUACUAAAUCCAUCUCUCAACUUUUUAUACUGCACCUAGAAAAAAGGUCAUCUCAACCUACAGCAUCCUUAAUUUAACUGUCUCCAGAAUAAAAGAUACAAUACAUGCUCUCUUCUUAUAA